AGAAUGUUCAACGCACGAGUAACCGAGGGACAAUCAACCACGAGGCCACCUUUGUUCGAUGGAACAAACUACUCGUACUGGAAAGAGAGGAUGAGAAUCUUUAUCCAAUCCAACGACUACAAGUUAUGGUUGAUUGUGAAGAACGGCUGCGGAGUUCCGAUGAAGAAAGUCGGUGAGGUCAACGUCCCCAAAACCGAAGAGGAGUUCAUGGAAGGCUACAUCGCUGUUCCAGAUGUUUCUGGAAACCCAACCUUGGCUCAACAGCGAUGUCUAAUAUGCAACAUCGCUGUUGGAAGACUUAACGCCAAACCAUGGUUUUCAGCUACCCAAGCCAGACAGCGCUGUUGGUUGCACCAACAUCGCUGUUGGGCUGGUUUAGCCAGACCCAUGGUUGGUUUAGUCAUGCCGUUAGCCGAUGUCAAAAACGUGGUUGAAGAGAAUAGCAAGAGGUCUAUUGCUCUACCCGCAACAACAUCAACCCACAACAACGUUGAUGAUGAAAAUGAUGACAGCGACGACACUGACCUCAGACUCUUCGCCCGAAAAUUCAAGAAGAUGAUGCUCAAGAAGGGAGGCAAGAAGAACACUCCACCCAAGUGCUAUGGGUGUGGUGAAAUUGGACACAUCAAACCAAUGUGUCCGAAGCUCAAGAACGAGAAGGACACGAGGGCACCGAAAAAGCAACGUGCCUACAUUUCUUGGGAGAACGACGGCUCCGGGAGUGAAGACUCGGAAACGGAGGAAGUGGCCAACUUGUGUCUCAUGGCCAUUGAGGAUGGUGAAACAUCAAAAGAGGCGUGCUUGAAGGCUUCGAGUACCUCUUGGUAUCUCGAUAGCGGAUGCUCCAAGCACAUGACCGGAGACGCAUCCAAAUUUAGGAGUUUAGAAUAUUUCAAAGGUGGCAAUGUUGUUUUUGGCGACAACAACAAAGGAAGGAUCAUUGGAAGUGGCACCGUCGGGAGAGACAAUGCUACAACCGUUGAGAACGUUCUUCUUGUUGAGGGCCUCAAGCACAAUCUUCUCAGCAUUAGCCAAUUGUGCGAUAGAGGUUAUUCUCUUCGUAGUAUGGCAUAUAGAGUGUUCAACAAGCGUACUAAGACCGUAGAGGAGUCUAUUCAUGUUGUCUUCGAUGAAUUUGAUGCUCGCUUGGCGAGAAAAGGUAUUGUUGAUAAUGUUCCAAGUUCUUAUGACGAUGAAGAAGAAAUCGUUAAGGAAAAGGAACCAGAAGAAGAGAAAACGCAUGAGCAAACGGAGCUUCCUAAGGAGUGGAGAACCUUAAAGAAUCACCCGAUUGACAACUUCAUUAGUGACAUAACGCAGGGAGUUUCUACUCGCAAUUCUCUUAGAAACUGCUACAUCACUGUUCCAGAUGUUUCUGGAAACCCAACCUUGGCUCAACAGCGAUGUCUAACAUCCAACAUCGCUGUUGAAAGACUUAACGCCAAACCAUGGUUUUCAGCUUCUCAUGCCAGACAGCGCUGUUGGUUACACCAACAUCGCUCUUGGUCUGGUUUAGCCAGACCCAUGGUUGGUUUAGUCAUGCCGUUAGCCGAUUUCAAAAAAAUCGGAUGCUCCAAGCACAUGACCGGAGACGCAUCCAAAUUUAGGAGUUUAGAGUAUUUCAAAGGUGGCAAUGUCGUUUUUGGUGACAACAACAAAGGAAGAAUCAUUGGAAGUUGCACCGUCGGAAAGGACAAUGCUACAACCGUUGAGAACGUUCUUCUUGUUGAGGGCCUCAAGCACAACCUUCUUAGCAUUAGCCAAUUGAGCGAUAGAGAUAACGUGGGAAAAUUUGAUGCUAAGUCGGAUGAAGGAAUUUUCUUAGGUUAUUCUCUUCGUAGUAAGGCAUAUAGAGUGUUCAACAAGCGUACUAAGACCGUAGAGGAGUCUAUUCAUGUUGUCUUUGAUGAAUUUGAUGCUCGCUUGGCGAGAAAAGGUAUUGUUGAUAAUGUUGCAGGCUACAUCGCUGUUCUAGAUGAUUUUGGAAACCCAACCUUGGCUCAACAGCGAUGUCUAACAUCCAACAUCGCUGUUGAAAGACUUAACGCCAAACCAUGGUUUUCAGCUUCCCAUGCCAGACAGCGCUGUUGGUUACACCAACAUCGCUGUUGGGCUAGUUUAGCCAGACCCAAGGUUGGUUUAGUCAUGCCGUUAGCCGAUGUCAAAAAAAUGGACGGAAACGGAGCUGGUGCAAGUCUGGUGUUCGUCGCGACAGACGGUAGGGGGGUACCGUUGACAUGUUACCUAGCUACCGCCAGUUUCCCCGGUUUCGUUCUUUUCUGGCGGCACCUGCUCAGGACGGGACCCGGGUGCCGUGUGACAGUAGACCCUACCGUCGGGGGCUACCGUGACGGGCUACCGGCUGGAACCCCAGCUGACACGGACGGUACCCUGGUGCCGUGGGGCCGGGGACAGGGAUCUCACCCACCCAACGAGGAACUCCUGAGUUGGUUUGAUCUUGACCUUCGUUCUGAAGGGGAAGGUCAUGACUCCAUAGGCAAGAUUGUGGACAAGGACUUCUUCAAAUCGGCGACCUAUGCCCCGAGCAAGUCCCUUUUCUCUCAGCAAGGUUUGCUCCGUUUUAUUCAUUUGACGUAUGAAGUCUUUUGUCCAAAUCUUAUACGUCAAUUUUGCUCCAAUCUUCGUACCACUUUGGGAUAUUCGCCAUCUCUCAUCUCCUAUGUUGACGGAAAAACCGUUUUUGUUGCCGGUGCCGCCUUGACCUCUCUCUUUGGCCUUCGUAGAGGUGAAAUUACAGAUAACUUGGAUGAAACAUUCCAAGAUGAGGGAAUUUGGAGACAACUCGGGUUAGAUCAUCGUGACCUCAAGUUUAGAAAUUCUAGCAACCCGAGUGUCAUUAACCUCACUUUGAUUCAACGCGUCCAACAAUACAUCUUCUGUUAUGUUUUGUUGCCCCGUGAUUCGAACCAUGGCGUUGUCAACAAGGACGACAUUCGUUUGUUUCACGUCCUGUUGAACAAUGUAAAAUUUGAUUGGGUUCAUUUCUUUCUUGUUGCACUCCGUGAGGGCUCUCUCUUUUCACAUCUUCGUUUUGCCAUCCCUAUCAUGCAUAUCCUUGCUCAUUGCAAAGUGGAACUUACUCGGGACACUCAGGUGCCGGUGAAGAAGACUUGCUACAUCAAGGACACCAAGUUUUCCCGGAUCGUGUACCGUGAGGAGGGCGAUGCUGCACCUAAUCUGGGCCUCGUUGUCGCAGACGAAGAAGAGAGCCAAAACGAGACUCAAGCCGAGGCGUCUCGUGCCGGAGGAAGUCGAGCCACGGAGCGCGUCACUCGUCAACGCAGGACUCGUCCGAGAGAAGAAGCACCGGAACCAUCUUGGGUGAAGAGGAUCUUCGAUACUCUCACAUGCAUUCGAGAUGACGUUCGCCAACUCAACGAGAGGAUAACUCGUUUCGAGCAAUCCCGCUCCUUCCGUGGCCCGCGUCACAGCUUAAGCGGAGGAGCUCACUUGUGUGACUCAAGUCUUGGUGUUGUAAGAAAGGUGCUGCAUAAAUUGUUCCAGCAGAAGCUUCAUGAGAUGCUUCAGCAGGAACUAAAAGAUCAAAUGGCAUCAAGGAUGUUCAACGCAGGAGUGACCGAGGGACAAUCAACCACGAGGCCACCUUUGUUCGAUGGAACAAACUACUCGUAUUGGAAGGAGAGGAUGAGAAUCUUUAUCCAAUCCAACGACUACAAGCUAUGGUUAAUUGUGAAGAACGGAUGCGGAGUCCCGAUGAAGAAAGUCGGUGAAGUCAACGUUCCCAAAACCGAAGAGGAGUUCACCGACGAAGAUUGCAAAAAGAUGGAGCUCAACGCAAAGGCAAUAAACAUGAUUUAUUGCGGUGUUAAUGCGGAUGACUACCGCAAAAUUUUGCGGUGUGGAACCGCAAAACAAAUGUGGGAGAAAUUGGAGGUCACCUACGAAGGAACCGCGCAGGUUCGGGAGGCCAAAAUUGACCAUCUUACUCACGAGUACGAACUCUUCUCAAUGAAGGAAAACGAGAAGAUUGAGGAAAUGUUUGAGAGGUUCUCUAACCUCAUUAAUCCUCUCAAUCUUCUCGGGAAGACUUACACUGACCGAGAACUUGUAAGAAAGGUGCUACGAAGCUUAUCCCCAAAAUGGUGUUCAAAGGUGGACGCAAUUGAAGAAGGACGUGACUUUCAAACAACGACCUAUGAUGCUCUUCGAGGUAAUCUUUUUACCUACGAAACCACCCAACUCUCAAAGGUGGUUGAAGAGAGGAACAAGAGGUCUAUUGCUCUACCCGCAACAACAUCAACCCACAACAACGUUGAUGAAGAAGAUGAUGACAGCGACGACACCGACCUCGGACUCUUUGUCCGAAAAUUCAAGAAGAUGAUGCUCAAGAAGGGAGCCAAGAAUAACACUCCACCCAAAUGCUAUGGGUGGUGAAAUUGGACACAUCAAACCAAUGUGUCCGAAGCUCAUGAACGAGAAGGACAAGAGGGCACCGAAGAAGCAACGUGCCUACAUCUCUUGGGAGAACGACGGCUCCGGGAGUGAAGACUCAGAAACGGAGGAAGUGGCCAACUUAUGUCUCAUGGUCAUUGAAGAUGGUGAUACAUCAAAAGAGGUAAGUGAUCAAGAACCUUCUCCCAAUGAUCCUUUAACUCUUAAUGAUGUUGUUUGCAUUGUAGAAGAUUUAGUAAGAAUGUUCAAAAAGGCUUCCAAAGAAAACAAUGAAAUAAAGCAAAAAAUCCUGA